GCAUCGUGCCAGCUGCAUACUACGAGUUAUUUUUAUUUAUUAAGACAAUAUUUUCACAAUCUUUACAGGAUGUUUUUACAGUGAAAGAACUGUUUGAAUUUGAGGUUAUGUAAUUAUAUAUCUGCUGCGCUUUUGUAGCGUUAUCUUUAGCCUGGCUAACAGUUAGCCUCGCUUACAUUGUUGUCAACAUUGUGUUUUAUUAUUAUAAACCCCGUACUUUUGCUUAGAACCGAACAGGUACAGGAUGCUGCGUCUGCGCUGCAAAGCCAAGAACGGGACCCAUCUGAUGCAGGGUCUUACACACCAAUCAUGUGUUCAGGAGCUUAAAGAUAAGGUUGAAGAGCUAACAGGAAUACCGUGUGACGUACAGAAGAUCAUGGUAGGCUAUCCACCGUCCAGCCUUGAUCUACGCAACGGUGAAGCCCACCUCAAAGACUACCCUAUCAAAUCAGGAGACACUCUGAUUGUAGAGGAGGAGAAGAACAAACCUAAACCCCAGUCGCAACCCACAGUGACCAAAGGGCCCAGUCUUGACCUGUCCCCGGUUCUAGAGCGCCACGUGGUCCCAGCCGACAACUCCUGUCUGUUUACCAGCGUGAACUACGUCAUGGAAGGAGGCGUUUACGACCCAGGCUGCGCUCCUGAAAUGCGCGGGCUAAUCGCACAGAUUGUAGCUAGCGACCCCACCGCGUACUCGGAGGCGGUAUUGGGCAAAACCAACGAGGACUAUUGCUCCUGGAUCCGUCGCGACGACACGUGGGGAGGCGCCAUCGAGGUCUCCAUCCUCUCGAAGUUCUACCAGUGCGAGAUUUGCGUGGUCGACACUCAGACUGUGCGCGUGGACCGCUUCGGCGAGGAUGCCGGUUACACCAAACGAGUGCUGCUAAUUUACGACGGGAUUCACUACGACCCGCUUCAGAAGGCCACGCCCAGUCCAGACGUUCCCGCACAGACUGUGUUUUCCUCCACCGAUGACAUCAUUUUGGCCCAAGCGCUGGAGCUCGCCGACGAGGCGCGGAGGAAACGUCAGUUCACAGACGUCAAUCGCUUCGCCCUGCGCUGCAUGGUGUGCCAGACUGGCCUGGUGGGGCAGAAGGAGGCAAGGGAACACGCCAAGGAGACCGGCCACACCAACUUCGGGGAGGUGUGACGCCCCGUCGUGUUUUUUUUUUUUUUUUUUUUUUUUUUUUAACAUCACCCCACCUUUGCCGCGUCACUGCCACGCCACCUGACAUGGCACCUGCUCUUUCUGCUGCCUGUUCCAGCUCGGUACAGUCCUCUACCUCACAUCGUCUAGCGGCUUCAGAAGACUCUCACGUGUCGAGUUCCCCCCAAGAAUUCAGUAUUCCUUUAACUUUGGUUAACUCUUGAGGUUGAAGUAUUAAAUGUGCUCGUGUUUUUGAGUCUGUUGCCAGAUAUGACGACCAAGCCGUAUCUUCAAACCAAAUUUUAAAGCGAUUCUCCACUGACUACCUUUGUAUACAUAUAUAUAAACGAUUAACACGCUAGUAUUAGGGUGAAAUUCCCAAAACGCAUCCGGGUCAUAUUUCACUGCACUAUCAAAAACAUAAAGUCACGAUUAAAAUCACGAUUCCAAAAAAUAUUAUGAUGAUGAUAAUGCCUAUUUUUACAAUUCUCACCAUAAUUCUCAUUUAGUAUUAGUAAUAUAGUAUGAUAUUAUAAAUGAAGAAGUAUUUAUACGUAGUAGUAUUAACGUUAGGCUGCUUUUAUAUUUUAUAGCAGUCGUUUAAUUGGAAAAUAAGUUACUGCAUCUAAUCAUUUCAUUAAAAAAAUCAUAAAUUAUCUUUUUUUCUUUUGCUGUAAAAUAUGACCUAGACAUGUUUUGGUGAGAUUCACUCACACCCAUGACCUCAUGUAAACGCUUUUCUGUUGCCUGCAGCUCAAAGAUGUGCGAGUAGCAGCGCUUUCGACAGCGCUAGCUAAACUAUUAACAAAUAACGAUACUUUUAAGUUGAUCGCGUAAGGCACAGUUGUUCGUUUUUAACAAAUUCAUCAAACGCGUUUAUCUUUUUCACACACAAAGUGCUUCUGCGGCCAGAGUAGCACGGCGAAGCACAGCUAAAAUCACGCCUUUCGUGAUAACUAAUUUAAUCAUGGCAUUACUGUAUUUAUUUUAUUAUGCGUCUUUUAAGGUCAUACGCACAGCUUCUGAACAAUCGACGGCACUACGUGAAGUCUUAAGCUCACUGACUCCAUUGUACCUGUUACUUGAAAUAGUCACACAGAUUGAAUAUCGAGCCCGGACACUCGAUGCUGUUUUUACGCAUUUUUGGUAAGCUAGUUCGCAAGAAAGCGUGGAUUUUAAGUUGAAUGGUGCUGAAAGUAGAAUCUCACUGAACUACUUUGUGAAUCUUUAGGUUUUGUUUUCCUUUUAAGGGCACUUGUGUAAUUUCUGCAGAUGACCACACAAGAUUGUUUUAUGCAAAACGUGUUUAAUCUCUCUCAACAUGACAUUUUGUUCGGAAGAGUGAUUGUAGUGACUUUCAUUUGACUUUUUAAGUGAUGAUAUGUGUCAUAUUGAACUUUUUCCUGCUUACAGGGCCAAUAGAUGAGGUUUAGUGUAGCAAAGUAUCAUAGCAUUAGCGCGUGGAUGAACUUUAGAGAGAAGACAUCUUGUAAGGCCUGAUGUACGUUCUCAGUAUUUUUCAGUCAGGUACUAGUAUCCACACUGUUGUUUACUUUUUUGCAGCCUUUUUAUUUUGAAGAAAUGGUGCCAUUGUAAGGCCAAAGGACUUUUUUUUGCAGUGAUUUUUCUAAAUGGCUGUGAUCAGUGUUACACUAAGGUAUCUUUGAGUGAGAAACUGCAUGUACAGCACUCAUUGCUACAAAAUCACUGGUUCAACUGGGUAAUGAUAAAUAAACUUGAAUUGAUAUAAUAUAUAUAUAUAUAAAAAAUA